AUGUCUCACUCGUCCGAAGAUGAGGAAAAAUUUCGGAAGGGCGAUGAGAGCUCCGGCCAGUCUUCUAAGCCAGAAAAGAACACAGACAAGGGUACUGAAGAUAUGAUCAUCAUGAGAGCUGGAACCGACGUCGUGCAGGAUUCCAGUCAUCUCUCGCUCGCACACACGCCCAAAAGCAAUGACGAGAGCUUUCGAUUAGCUGCCAGGAACGUGAGCACUUUGUCAGGGUCUAAACUCGAAACGAGGACGAAGAUUUCAGAGGCAGCUGACAUGACCACGAAUGACAGCGAUAGCGCUCUCUUGAAUCACGAGACAGACGCUCGUCGUCCGCAGACUGCCGACAGAUCCAAUUCACAUGGAAGCGCUUCCGUUGUCGUGGAGCACUUGAUCGACCAGUAUGCUUCACCUUUCGACGAUUUGUCUGACCCACCUCUUGUGGAUCUGAAGUACACGCAUCCUCGACCUUCCCCUACUGUACCGAAGAGAGGCCCACUGCACUUCAUGAAGCGACGCAACAGUACUCCGACAAGAACAUCUACCAGGUCUAAGCCGGCAUCGAGGAAUUUUCGAAAGCUCCGCCUGGAUGUCCAGCAGUCUGACGUAUCGAUCAAGAAGACGGAGCCAGGCAGCGACAGUCCAGAAUGGGCGUGCCAAACAUCCUUGGCCAUCGAGGCUGGUAGAAUAUCGAUGGACAACGUGAGCCUGCGAAGUCGAGAGUCGACGUCGCUGAACCACAUCUCUAAAGCGAUGCGCAGUCCCAUCAAGACUUUGUCCACAGGGCACAGGAAAGUGCAGAGCGCCGGAACAAGAGGGAGGCGCAAUACGUACCCGUCGCCUUCCAGUGAGUACAGCUUAGCUCUUUCCACGUCAGGUAGGCAUUCGGAAGGCGCUAUGCAGGCUGCGCAAAGAGAAGGUGCUGUCCAUCAAACAGGAAGACUUGAGGGAAUGGAGAAAGCAUUGGGGAAGGAGCCGUCUAGGCGUGACAGUGCGCAGGUAGCUUCACCGAUGGAUUUGAAUAAGAGCUUGCCUGCCUUACCUUCGCAAGAAAGUGGGAAGGAGGGUGAGGAGUGA